AGUGCACGACAGGAGGCAUUCUUUUUGUUCUCUGUUGCUACGUCACGCCUCCAAUUUCCCCCACCUUCUCAAUUUCAAUUUAAUCACAUUAUUAUUAUUAUCUUUUUAAUUAAAACUCCAGCAAGUCUGCUUCUUUAUUUAUAACAACCAUACAACAACGCCUUCCUCCCCUUUUAACUUCAUUGAUUUCUUCUUCCAUCUCACGCUUCUCUUUUUCUCCUUCUCCGGCGACGAUCUCAAUUCACCGGAAGUUCUCGCCCUAAGGAUUACCUCUAUCAUAUCCUUCGACAUCUUGUGAUUCAGCAUAUUCUAACUUGUCGCCACCAUGAAUCCCGAAUAUGAUUAUCUGUUUAAGCUUUUGCUUAUUGGAGAUUCUGGUGUUGGGAAAUCGUGUUUACUUCUGAGGUUUGCUGAUGAUUCAUAUCUGGAGAGUUAUAUCAGUACCAUUGGUGUUGACUUUAAAAUCCGCACUGUGGAACAGGAUGGAAAAACUAUCAAACUCCAAAUAUGGGACACUGCUGGCCAAGAACGUUUUAGGACAAUAACUAGCAGCUAUUAUCGUGGGGCUCACGGUAUCAUAGUUGUUUAUGAUGUGACAGACCAAGAGAGUUUCAACAAUGUCAAGCAAUGGCUAAAUGAAAUUGACCGCUAUGCCAGUGAGAAUGUGAACAAGCUUUUAGUUGGGAACAAGUGUGAUCUAACAGCAAGCAGAGCUGUAUCCUAUGAAACUGCUAAGGCUUUUGCAGAUGAAAUUGGAAUUCCUUUCAUGGAAACAAGUGCUAAGAGUGCUACUAAUGUCGAAGAAGCUUUCAUGGCCAUGGCUGCUUCAAUCAAGAACAGGAUGGCAAGCCAACCAGCAAUGGAUAAUGCGAGACCUACAACAGUGCAGAUGCGAGGACAGGCUGUGGACCAGAAAUCUGGUUGCUGCUCUUCUUAAUGAAAAAUAAGGUUUUAGUGGGGCUCAUAAUGCUCUCUUGUGUUAAUUUGUUGCAUGUAAAACUAGUCCUUUAAUGCUUUGGAUAUAAAUUUCAGAUGGUUCAGCAUGAUAUCCUAUCCUUGUCUUUGGUUAUGUUAAAUUUCCAUUCUUCUAAUUGUAUUUCAUUUUAAGAAUACGGUUGUACAAAGUAGUAAUGUCAGGUUUUGAAAUUUAUGUUUUUA